AAAAUGAUGAAGCAGAUCGAUAGCAAGGAAGAUUUUCAGGCAGCCCUGAAGAGUGCUAGAGAGAAGCUUGUAGUGGUUGACUUCUCAGCCACAUGGUGUGGGCCCUGCAAAAUGUUCAAGCCUUUCUAUCAUUCCCUCUGUGAAAAGUAUGGCAAUGUGGUCUUCCUUGAAGUUGAUGUGGAUGACUGCCAGGGAGUUGCUUCAGAGUGUGAAGUCAAAUGCAUGCCAACGUUUCAGUUUUAUAAAAAGGGACAAAAGGUGGGUGAAUUUUCUGGUGCUAAUAAGGAAAAACUUGAAGCUACCAUUAACGAGUUAAGUUAA